AUGCUGGUGUGGGAUGCUACCUGUGUAGACACGCUGGCACCGUCCCACCUCCAACAAACUACUGUAAAAGCGGGCGGGGCGGCGGAAAGCGCCGAAAUUCUAAAACGUCUUGUCAAAAAGGAAGUGAAAGAAGAGAUGCAACGUGUGAAGGAUGAGCCAGUGUACGACGACAGUGCCGAAACGAGCGAGGCUGCGCUGGGCGAGCUGUACGCCGAGCACGUGGUCAAGGACGAGCUCGUGCUGGGGCCGGAGCGCCCGCACCGCCCCGACGUCGGCCUCGCGGUGCGCGAUGGGACACUCGUCACACUCGGUGACACAGGUAAGUGUCCGCUGGCUUUGGAUCGCGGAGGAACACAGCUCGCGCGGGUCUCCACCGAGCGGCGCGAGCGCUGCGACGACGCCACAUCACACCACGUGCUAAGCGAGACCACGACCACUGAACACAAUUCACCACUGAGUGGUGUAAAGCAACAUAAACUAAUGCACAGUGGUGAAAAAUCAUAUCCAUGUGAAAUAUGUAAAAAAAAGUUUAGACGAUUAGUUGAAUUAAGCAUUCAUACACGAGUCCACACCGGCGAAAAACCAUAUCAGUGUGAAGUAUGUCAAAAAAAGUUUACUCAAUCGAGUCAAGUAAAAAUACAUAAACGAUGCCACACUGGCGAAAAACCAUAUCAAUGUGACGUGUGUGAAAAAAAGUUCACCCAAUCGAGUCAAUUAAAAUUACAUAAACGAUCCCACACUGGUGAAAAACCAUACCAAUGUGAUGUGUGUGAAAAAAAGUUUACCCAAUCGAGUGGAUUAAAAUUACAUAAACGAUUCCACACUGGCGAAAAACCAUAUCAAUGUGAAGUGUGUGAAAAAAAGUUUGCCCAAUCGAGCCAAUUAAAAUCACAUAAACGAUCCCAUACCGGUGAAAAACCAUAUCAAUGUGAAGCGUGUGAAAAAAAGUUUAACCAAUGGAGUGGAUUAAAAUUACAUAAACGAUCCCACACUGGCGAAAAACCAUAUCAAUGUGAAGUAUGUCAAAAGCAAUUCAGAGACCCUAGUGUUGCAAAGAUUCAUAAACUAAUACACACUGGCGAAAAACCAUUUCAAUGUGAACUGUGUGAAAAAAGAUUCACUCAAUUGGGUCAUUAUAAAAAACAUAAACGAAUCCACACUGGCGAAAAACCGUAUCAAUGUGGACUGUGUGAAAAAAGAUUCACUCAAUCAAGUGCUUUAAAAUUACACAAUCGUUUCCACACUGGUGAGAAACCAUAUCAAUGUGAAGUAUGUGAAAAAAAAUUCACUCAAUUGGGUAGUUUAAAAGCACAUAAACGACAUCACAUUGGCGAAUAACUAUAUCAGUGUGAAGUAUAUAAAUAACAAAUCAGAGACUUGAGCGUUGCUAUCAAGCUAAUACAGCGAGCAUUUUACAACAUUAAGGAAUAUUUUGAAUACGAUAGUGAUCAUAUUGU